CCAAUUUGCUUCAAUGGACACGGAAUCUAUCAUAUACCCACAUACCCAUGUAGGUAUAUUAAUAUAUAUUUAUGGGGUUAAAGAAAAGAAAUGUGGACUAAUGGUGGGCGAGUUUAAUAAUUACAGUAAAGUAUUGGGGGGAAGCCAUUGAUGGAGGAAGGAGACCUCUGAUCUUUCUUUAGGGGGCCAAUCUGGGAAAAGAGAAUCUAUACUCACCAUGUGUUUGUUCUUUGUGCUAUAAGAAAUGGACCCACACUUGAAACCAACAAACAAGAACAGUAGCCAUUACUACUACUACCACCCCCAAGUGUGUGCUGGCCGGCGAUGCCGACGCCGGUGACCGCAGCGAGGCAAUGCUUGACGGAAGAGGCGGCGCGUGCAUUAGACGAUGCUGUUGCGGUUGCGCGUCGUAGGAGUCAUGCGCAAACGACGUCGUUGCACGCUGUGUCGGCCCUUCUCGCGAUGCCUUCGUCGACGCUGCGGGAAGCUUGCGCACGCGCGCGAGGUAACAGUUACUCCGCGCGUCUGCAAUUUCGCGCUUUGGAGCUCUGCUUAGGGGUGUCGCUUGACCGGAUGCAGUCGUCGAAGUCGGUGGAGGACCCGCCGAUCUCUAACUCGUUGAUGGCGGCGAUUAAGCGGUCGCAAGCGAGCCAGAGAAGGCAUCCUGAGAGCUAUCACUUGCAGCAGAUGCACAGCAGCAGCAAUAGUACCAACCCGACUGCAUCACUUUUAAAGGUGGAGCUCAAGUAUUUCAUACUCUCGAUUCUCGAUGAUCCGAUUGUGAGUCGGGUUUUUGAGGAAGCUGGGUUUAGGAGCUGUGAGAUAAAAGUUGCUAUACUUCACCCACCUAUGACCCAACUUGCUCCUCGAUUCUCUCGAAGCCGGUGUCCACCCAUUUUCCUCUGUAACUUGACGGAUUCCGACCUGGGUCGGAGAGGAUUCGGCCUUCCUUACUACGGCUCUGAAGAUUUCGAUGAUAACUGCAGGAAAAUCACCGAAGUGUUAGCUAGAAAGGAUAAGAGAAACCCGUUGCUUGUUGGGAUUUCAGCUAGCGAUGCUUUAAGAAGCUUCAGCGACUUUAUACAGAGAGGCAAAACGGCUGUUUUACCUCCAGCGCUUAGCGGUCUGAGCGUAAUCAGCAUCGAAAAGGAAAUUAUUGAGUUUGUUGAUGGAAACAACGAGGAGAGUAUGGAUUUGAAGCUUAAGGAGAUUGGGCAGAUUCUGCAGCGUUGUACUGGGUCUGGCUUGGUUAUGAAUUUUGGUGAUUUGAAGGUGUUAUUAGGAGAGGAUUCUGCUUCUACUUCUAGCGAUGCUUUAAGCUCUCUGGUUUCUAAAUUGACAAGCUUUUUGCCUAUUCAUGGAGGGAAGUUGUGGUUGAUGGGGGCAGCGGCAAGUUCUGAGACUUACUCAAAGUUUUUGUCCCGGUAUCCGAGUAUAGAGAAGGAAUGGGAUCUGCAUCUGCUGCCUAUCUCUUCUUCGAAUUUACUUGAUAGGGUUUCUUCUAAACCCAGCUUGAUGAGGUCCUUUGUUCCGUUUGCUGGGUUUUUUUCUACACCAUCUGACUUCAGCAGUCCAUUUAGUAACUUGAAUCGAUUUACACCUCGAUGUCACUUGUGCAACGAAAAGUAUGAACAAGAAGUUGCUGGAGUUCUAAAGGUGGAAUCAACCAUUUCAGCUGCUGAUCAGUAUUCUGAUAGUUUACCUCCUUGGUUGAGAAUGACAGGACAGAGCACAGACAAGGAAGUGGAUGUGACAAAGGCCAAAAACGAUGGAGUGACAUUGAAUGCUAGAAUUGCAGGACUGCAAAAGAAGUGGAAUGAUAUUUGCCAGCGUCUGCAUCACAUCCAACAAUUCCCUAACUUAGACAUUCCCCAGGCAAUAUCCCAUUCCCCGGCUGCUGAGGGCUUUCAAUUUGUUGCUGAUAGGAAUGAAACCAAUAGUAAAGAUCGCUCCAUAGAUGAAAGUGAACAUGUGAUAAGUCCUUGUAUAAACAUGACCAUGCAAGACAACCUUUUAGCGAAGCAGAAGAUACCAAUAUCUCCGACCUUUGUGGCUGAAAAUAUAAGUUUCCAACCUAGGCUGUCAGUAGAAGUCUCAAGAAGCGAGCAAAAAGAGAGAUGUUUAUUACCUCCUAAUCCUGUGUCCAGUGUGAGUCCACUUGGUAGCUGCACAACCUCUUUGUCCAUUACCUCUGUCACUACAGAUUUAGGGUUGGGGACUCUUUAUGCGUCAGCUAGUCAGGAGGCCAACACUCCAAAAUUACAGGAUCAUAGAGGGCAGCUUCAGCACUACUCAGGUUCCAUAUCUACUGAGUUUGAAUCAAACAGUGAGAAUACUUCACACCAGAAUGCCCAUUUCUCUUCCUGUUCUGGUCCUACAUCAGAGCGGUUAGAUCCCGGAGAUUCCAAGGCAAUUAGCAAAUUUCUUGCUGAAAAAGUUGGCUGGCAAAAUGAAGCCAUCUGUAUGAUUAGUCAAGCUCUAUGCAGAUGUAGAACUGGAAAUACAAAGCAUCGGAGGUCAAAUUCUAGAGGAGACAUUUGGCUUUCUCUCCUCGGACCCGACAGAGUUGGAAAGAAAAAAAUUGCCUCUGCACUAGCUGAGAUGAUUUUUGGGAGCCAGGAAAAUUUAAUCUCAGUGGAUUUGAUCUCCGAAGACUAUGAUAGCCAGUCGAACAGGAUAAUUGGUGGUCAAGAAUCAAAUGAUUGUGAGGUGAAAUUUCGGAGAAUGGUUGUUGAUUUCAUUGCUGGGGAGUUGGGUAGGAAACCCAAUUCAGUUGUCUUCCUAGAAAAUGUUGAUAAGGCUGAUUUAUUGACCCAAACCAGUUUGUCGCGGGCCAUUAGGACAGGUAAGUUUCCGGACUCGCACGGGAGAGAAAGCAGCACCAACAAUAUGGUCUUUGUAACAACAUCAACCAUCAUAAAAGGUGAUAAAAAUGUUGUUUUGAAGAAGAACCCAACAAAGUUUUUGGAGGAAAGAAUACUCGGAGCUAAAAGCUGGCAAAUGCAAAUAAAAGUCAGUAGCAGCUCUGAAGAUGCUAGGAGAAGUAAUGACAUGAACAUCAGAAUUAGUCUAAAAGAGGAAACUCUCAAUGCAGCAUUUACAAAUAAAAGAAAAUUGAUAGGUGUCAGCACUUGUACAAACCCAGAAGAGGAAGGACAACAGAGACGGGCUACGAAGAUGCUGAGAUCCUAUCUAGAUUUGAAUCUUCCCGUCGAGGAGACAGAAGAAGACAUCAAUUCCCAGGAAGCUGACAGUGAUUCCAUCUCUGAGAACUCGGAAGCUUGGUUGGAAGACUUCCUCGAUCAAGUAGAUGAGAAGGUAGUUUUUAAACCAUUCAAUUUUGAUGCUCUUGCUGAGAAACUCGUCAAGAAUAUCCACCAACAUUUACAGAGGAGUUUUGGGCAUGAAACUCUGCUGGACAUCGAUCAAGAAGUAAUAGUACAAAUGCUUGCGGCUGCUUGGUUAUCAGACAAGGAGAGAGCCAUUGAGGAUUGGGUUGAAAAUGUCCUUAGCCAGAGCUUUACCAAGGCGAGGAGGAAAUAUAAGAUAACUGCUCAGUGUGUUGUGAAAUUAGUUGCUUGUGAAGGGGCAAGUGUGGAAGAGCAAGCCCCUGGAAUAUGCCUUCCUGCAAAAAUUAAUCUGAGCUGAUUCUUUUUGGUUCACUUAUGUUUUGUUGUAAGUAAGUGUAUAAUGUAGCUCUUGGUACAUAGCUUGAAGGGAUCUAAAAAGUCUCCUUUGGCUCCCAUAGGUUUUUUUUUUUUUGGUUACUAGUUUUGUAAGAAUGUAUAAUGUUAUGGGGUCCAUAUACUAACCUGCA